UUUGUCACGUCAGUUUCACUGAUGAAGAGAUAUUUUCGAUAUAAAUAUUUUUAUUCACUUUAAUAUCGAUAAUAGGUUAAAAAUACGUUUGAAACAUUUACUCAAAAUCGAAAGAAACAUGAUAAGAUCUAAUAUCGUCUCUGAGUUCAUAUGAUAUCCAAUAAUUUCUACAACAAAGUGUACAUACAGAUAACAACAUAUAAACAAUAUUCUAAGUUAAAAGCUGAUGAGAACAUGAAUCAUGAAAAGGAAAUCAUUAAAAGAUUUUCUCAACCUGAUGAUAAUACAAAAUUUAUCUGUUCCAUUUGCCUUAACACCAAAUCUAAAUGUGACGACUACGCGAAACCAGAAUGUAAUAAAAGGAAAUCUAAAUCAUGUCCUAUUUGUCAGAAAGGUGUACAUUACCGUUGGGAAGGUUUACCAGAAAAACUUAAACCAGAUAAAUGCGAAGUGAAAGAGAAAGCUAUAAGAAUGAGCGAUCAUACAUCAAGCACCAAAACUGUUCAAACAUCACAGACAGACGUCACACAAGGAUUAAAUCUAUUAAAUGAAGUACUAACUGUAUUCCAAAGCAAGAAACAAAUUUGCGUAGAAAAAGAGAAAUAUAAUAAAACUGUUAUCGUUAAAGAUGCAUGUGUUGAAACGGAAAGUUGGAGAAUUAAAAGUGAAAUUAAACCAAAAUUAACAAUUAGCAAGAUGUACCAUAUAUCCAUAGCUGAAAGUAAUGUAUCCGAAAAUAAUAAAUUCACAAUUGUUAAUUACUCUCAACCGCAAAGAGACAGGAAUUCACAAUAUUCAAUCGAUCUUAUAAAACACAAAUCUUCAUCUAUACCCCAAAUGAAAUUAGAGGAAUUGAAACAUUCUUUGAAAGAGAAAACUAAAUCAAAAGAUGCGAUUGAGGAAGUAAAUAGAAUGUUUGCGACAGUUAGAAAAAACGCACUAAUUGAAAAUACCGACGAUGGUAAUCGACCUUUGAUAAGAAACGGACCACGAGUGUUACCAGUUGUAAGAGUUAAUAAAAAGAACGGACAUGAAAUGACAACGUGUGGUAGUAAAAUUCGUUUUUCAUAUGAUCGAAAUCGAGAAGACAAAAGAGGGGAGGAGAAACAUUGUAAAUGUUGUCAGACGAAUAAUUAUCUGCUGUCCAGUGGUGAUUCUUUGAUAAAGCCAAGUUGUCAUUGCCAGCAGAGGACUUGCGAGAAGGUGUGUGGGAAAGGUGCUUACGUGUCCCAUUGUCAUACAGGUUGUCGUCAGUUCCACGAUGUGUGUGAUCAUUGCUGUCAAAGGUGCAAAGACAACAGAUGUCACCACCAUGUCUGUUACGAAGAAACUAAUGACGGGGAUAGUUGUACUAGCUUUUGAUUUAUACACUAUUUAUUUUUGAUAUUUUAAUAUAUCCUUCAAAUAUAAUUAACUUGGUAAAUUUUGACCAUAUCAGUUUAGUGGUAGCCACAAGCAG